AUGGCCUUGCUCCGUGAACGCAAGAGGAAACGAGCCCAGACCAGCGCUGGCGACCCCAAUGCCGAGAGUCCUCAGGAGGAUAGAAGAAGACGUCGAAUGACCUGGACAGAACCUGGGCAGACAAGUACGCCGAUUGAAACUGGCAGGAACUCUUUUGGCUCUCCGAGCGAACCCAACUCGACAAACGGGGGUUAUUCCUUGCCAUCAGCGGAAUGGACAAAAAACAAUGAUGCGCCACGUUCAGACUCCAAUCCAUACUCAUCAGCCCCGAGCUCAAGUUUUAUGGCUCGAUCUCGCUAUUUUGAAGACACAGUAGUGAUCAACGAAGAUCAAGCGCGGUCCUAUCCGACUGGAGAUGCAGACGGACCAACAGAGGACGACAUCCAACUGCUCCGACUGCAGGGUGCCUUCGACCUUCCGCCGCGGUCCAUCCGCGAUGGACUGAUCAACACUUUCAUGGAGCGAUGCUCCCCAUGGAUGCCAAUCAUUGAGCGCAGCUGGCUGGAAGAAAGCGGCGCCCAGAAGCCGUCGAUUCUCCUUCUCCAAUCUGUCUUCGUCGCUGCCAGCCGCGUCACCUCUGCACCGUCUGUGACAGCAUAUGCCUCCACCCGGCAGUUUUACCGGCGCGCAAAGGCACUGUUUUGGUCUGGGUACGAGAAGAACCCGGUUACUGUCGUUGCAGCGGUGUGUAUUUUACAUUGGUAUAAUCCCGAAGGUCCCGAGCAUGUUUCCACCAACACCAGUGGUUUCUGGAGAUAUGUGGGUGUAGGUCUGGCUCAUCAAGUUGGUCUACAUAAAGAACCGACCAAUAAACGGGAUGCCGCAUUAAGGCGCAGGCUAUGGUGGACUUUGUUUGCUCGAGAUUGCUUGAUAUCUGCCGGCCAGGGUCGUCCCCUUGCAGUUGAUAUAGAAGACUGCGAGUUAGCACCACCCUGUAUGGAGGAUUUUCAUGAUUCAAGCUCAAAUGCGACGCUCUUCAUUGCGUACGUCGAGAUUAGCUCUAUUCUCGGCCACCUUACUCAAUGCUGUCGACGCAAAGCCCUCACGCGUCAGGUACGACAGAACAUGGAGAAUCGUCUGUAUCGCUGGAUAAGGGGCCUUGACCCAUCUUUGCGACUAUAUUGUGAGCCAGGAGGGAAAUGCGGGCCUGUUCUAGCUUCGUACAACUUUGAAGCACGCCAACUUCAUAUUCCGUACCUAACCUGUCUCGCUAUCAUGUUUCGGCCCAGUCCCGGCGACUCGCCUGCGCCAGCAGUCGUUCUUGCGUCUUCGAUGGUAGCAAGAAUGUUUGAAGAUUUCCUCGCUCGAGACGAGAUUCAGUUUCUCGGACCCAUAUUCACAUUUCAUCUUUUGGCAGCUGGGAUAGGCUUGCUCUCAAGCAAUGGCACCCCAGUGUUAUGGGACCACGCGGUUGGCAGCAUGCAACUCAUUUACUUGUCCCUUGAGGAAUUAGCCAAACGAUGGUCCUCUGCAAAAGGCAGUUUAAGGGCACUGAAAAGCGUUGCUGAUAAACAGCAAAGCGCAAGGCCAGACAUCGGGUCGUCCAUAAUGGCGCUUCCCAGGGAGCAACAUCCGUUUUUUGAUGGCUUCGGCUCGAAUCUCUCAUGGGCGUGGGAGUAUUAUAUGCCCAUGGAAACUACCGGCCGGAAUGAAGAAAGUACUGGUGUAGUACUACACGCAGCCCGGACCCCGGAUCAAUGUAAUAAUAGCGAAAUGACCGAAUCCCGACCGCCGGAUGCCACUACCAUUCCUGCGGCGACAGACGAUUACCGCCCGCUAACAACUAUCCUCGACCCGAACACCGGCUUUGCUAUGGGAGAUAUGUCCCAGGAUAUAGCCAGUGAUGACUUCUUUCAUAAUCAAUACCAGGGAAUGGGAGACUGGCUAUUUAAAGAUUUGGACUGGAGUGGUGAUAUUACUUGGUAG